AUGACGACUCUAGCCGGCAACCCUCUUAGCGAGGCCAUCGGAUACUCCUUCUCCAAUGCGAAUAGUGCUCCCCAUAGAGAGCACUCUUUCUAUCCCUAUACGGAUAACGGCGGUUCUACCCUGGGCAUUACUGGCUCCGAUUUCGCGAUCCUGGCUGGAGAUACUCGAUCCGUUGCAGGAUACAACAUCAACUCCCGUUAUGUUCCCAAGGUGUUUAAAAUUGGCGGUGAUGAUGAGUCUGGUGAAGGUGCCAAUAUCGUCUUGUCAGUCGUGGGCUUCGCAGCAGAUGGCCAGGCCCUUAAAGAGCGACUAGAUGCAGUGGUGAAGAUGUACAAAUACCAACACGGAAAGCCCAUGUCCGUGAGAGCCUGUGCCCAACGCUUGUCAACGAUUCUUUACCAGAAACGGUUCUUCCCCUACUAUGUGCAUGCUAUCUUAGCAGGCUUGGACGAGGAUGGUAAGGGUGCCUUGUACAGCUACGAUCCGGUUGGAUCGUACGAGAGAGAGCAAUGCAGGGCUGCAGGGUCUGCAGCAAGUCUUAUCAUGCCGUUCCUGGAUAACCAGGUCAACUUCAAAAACCAAUAUAUCCCGGGCAGCGGAGAAGGGCAUGCCCUUGAGCCCAAGAAAGCGGAGCCACUGCCGAGAGAUACUGUUGAACAGCUGGUACGAGAUGCAUUCACCAGCGCCGUCGAAAGACAUAUUGAGGUCGGAGAUGGCUUGCAGAUGAUGGUUAUUACCAGGAGUGGGGUGGAGGAGAUCUACUAUCCGUUGAAGAAGGAUUAG